AUGAUUAAUUUUGUGUUACUGUGCAGCACUCCUGAAUCCCCCAAACAACUUCAAGAAACCACACCCACGCUUCCCCCAGCUCCAACUAAAAUUCAUCCAGCCGCAGAAGACACUGCUGCGCUGUUGAUGAUGGCACGGACAGCAACCUAUGUUCCUAAAACAGAUUCAGGGAUGCCAUCAUUCAGCCUUGGACUGACUGAUUCAAGCCAGGAGGGGGCGUCAACGCAGGAGACAGAAAGGGAAAAAUCUCCAGAAACUGCAAGUAUGCUAGAACAAUUAGACACUUUGGUCCAAAAAUUAGCAAGCAAUGCGGCGAAGGGAACAAACGAAAGUCCACAAAUUCAGAGGGAGACUGGGGGAGAAAGUUCUGCAAAGUUUGAAACUCCAAGGGGAAUAAAUCAAAUUACAGAUGAUAUGAAACAAAAGUGCUACAUCUGGGGGACGAGACUGAAGGAAGACGCAAAUGGCAAUACUGACGAGUAUGAGGAGAUUUGCAAUCUGAUUGGCAAAGGAGAAUACAUUUUGAUCAGAUCGCACCUUGCAUCCCUCCAGGCAAAAAGUGAUAUAGAAUCUCAGAUUGUAUCUGCCAUCUGCCUCAUCCUAAACCAGAAAAAUGAAAAGAGGUUUCAGGAACAAAUAUACUGUCUCCCCCCCGAUAUUGUGAGCAUGGCACUUUCGGAUCACCCAAAGGGGGAAUUCAUAUCCCCGAAAACGGAAAAGGAAUUCAGGGUGGAAGCCUACCCGAGUUUCAUUCACUUCAUAGAUAGAAAAAAAUUAAGUUCGCAUCCAUAUAUUUUUGCUCCUGUUUGCCACUCGGGACAUUGGUGGUUAUGGCUAAUAAAUACAACAAAGCGGAAAUGUCAAAUACUUGACCCGCUACACAAAAAAGCUCCAAGCGAUGAGAGAAAGGACAUUAAUAAAUUCACUGGAUAUGUAUUUUCAAGAUUGAUAACAUAUGCCGGCGGAAAACCUCUGGAGAAAGGCGAGAAGGAAAAGGAAAUUAAAGCAUCAUAUGUUAAAAUAUCAGGCCAAAAAACAAGCUAUGACUGCGCUAUCUACGUUAUGAAGUGGCUUGAGUUAAUUGAGCCGGAAAAUAUCAAAAAGGGGAAGUAUGAAUGGGAUAAUUGGCCACAGGAGGAGGUGGACCACUAUAGAGUGGAGUAUGCUUCCCGGAUACUAUUCAGUGAGAUGAAUAAACAGAGAGAUCGGGCAAUUAGAGAGAGUAGUGCUAUAAGGCUGUCGAAGCCAUCCUCUGUAUUAUUGAGUCCGUUUUGUCAGAUUAAUUCUGCUGAUAUAGAAAUUGGGUGGUAA